CUUUUGUUUACGUCGCAUAGUGAUGCGUUCCAAGCCUCGGCUUCCUGCAAUGUCGGUCUGUCGCAUGUGAUACACGGUGUGUAGUGCAGUCCGGGUCUCUGGCUUCGGAUAUUUGUUAUUAAUAUUAUUACCGCUCUCUGUAGGUUUCUCUGCCUCUGAGAAUCUGGGGUCACAUUCUCCCAGUACACAGACAGGUUAACUGGCGCUGAGACACCGAGUGGCACUCCUCCAGGCGAGUCCCCGGCCUGCGGCCUGCUAUAUAUUGCUGUAGCCGUUCAUGGUAUGUUAUCAGACAUGCCCUCUGUGUAUCUAUAGGCUGCACAAUGUGUGACUGACAGUACUCUGUAUCCCUGAUUGCUGUAACCGGGGCUGUUCGUGGCAGCUCUUUACACUGUGCCAUUGAUCCAUGUAACUGGAUCUCAGUUCAGCAAUAGUAUGUGAAUGCCUGUAUAAUCCAUGUAAUUAUUACUAUUAUUAUUAUUGCCAUUUUAUAAAGCACCAACAGAUUCCGUAGCGCUUUACAAUAUAUGGUGACUAAAUUAUGGCAGAGUAAGAGCAUAGUGUAUUCUAGAGCUAGUUUUAUAGUGUCCAGGUUUAUAAGGUUCCUUUUUCGUUCUAAUGUUUCAUUGCACUGGUCAUAGUACAGUGGUAGAAUCAAUGCAAGGAUUUUUCUAGAUUAAUAUUGCAUUAGGUAUGUCCUGUUGUUUUGACAUAGGCAUGCUGUGAAGUGUGUAGGGAGUAGAUUAGGCUAAACCUUUUGCUUUUUUCAAAAAUGUUCUAUUCUCCGUUAGACAUACACGUUUGUCAGUAAUGUUUUUACAGACAUUUUCAUAUGGCAUAAUGGUAGUGCAUUGUAUUCGCUUUCAGCCCUACUAGGAAAGUAUAAUGUUACUUGAUUUAAAGGGCACUUGUCAUUGCACCUAUACAUUAUGCAAUAACAUGCAUAACAUUUCAUCUUUACUUUGUGUUAGCAGAUAUGCAAGCAAACUCAAUUUUUUGGCAUAAAGUCUAUGAAGAAUUGAUUGACAAGGGAGAGCAGAAGAGGAUCCCCCCAGCAGUCCUCCUGCUCUCCAAGAAUGGCAACCAUUACACAUGGGCUCUGGUUGCUAUGGUAACUCCCUAGCUGACGCUGUUAGCGCUGGCCAUACAGCCACUAAAGUGACAUCCGGGUGAUGUUGUCUAACUGACUCUGGACGUCCUCACGCUCUGCAUGAGGACAUCCAGUGUCGUCUAACACCCCUUAGGAAAGUAUUGAGCAAUGCUUUCCUACGGGGGUAGUCCUAAUGUGAGCGCAACACAUGCGCAUUAGGUUCCCUUCGCUGGCUGAAAUCGGCAGAGAUAGAUCCUGACCCAGCACCUUAGCAUUGGAAUCAGCGCCGGGGGGGGGAAGGCAACUUUAUUUUUAUAGCACUAACGUUUCCCUUUAACUAAACUUAUUACAUUUAAAAACAAGAAUCUUGGCCGUCGCUUCAUAUGUCCACCAGCAUUGUGUUAUAGAGCUGUGCAUAUGUUCUUUCCUUCUCAUACACACAAAUGUGAAGCGUGUUACACACCAGAAGGAUAACAUAAAUACAAAACAUUUGUGGGACAAAGUUCUAAAACUGGAACAGUCACCAUGGAAACUAGUGGAAGUUUUGCUGUUCCACUUUUAGAACAUUGUCCCAGAAUUGUUCUUCAUACCAAAUUAUGAACCCUCAGCAAUAGUCUAUACACCAUGGGUUCUCAAACUCUGGCCUCCCAGAUGUUGCUGAACUACAACUCCCAUGAUUCUUUGAAUUACAUAGAUAGCCAGAGAAUCAUGGGAGUUGUAGUUCAGCAACAUCUCGGGGGGCCGGAGUUUGAGGACCCAUGCUAUACACCAUUACUGCCAAUGUUACCUGGCACUGAACACAUAGUGAUGCCCACAGCUGUCCUCGAUGAACAAUGGGCAUUUUUUUCACCCACCACACACAAUGCGAUAGAUUAAAAAUGGAUGCAAACUAAUGCCCAUGGAUAUAUUUCUAAAAGUGUGUCCUUUUCAGCCAUCAGCAAGUAGCUUUGCCUUUAUCUUGCUUUUUAAAUGCAUUAAUAAUCUGUGCAGUACAAUCCCUGUGCCAUGUUCUAUUGGGAGAUAAGUCUAUUGAAAAAUUAAAAUCAUAAAAUAGUAAUUUAAUUCAGAAUACUCAACAUUCUCAGAGAUGUAUUCUAUAAACGGUACUGCACAUUCUAGAACACAGCAGACGACUGAGAAAAACAGCUGUUUUCUAAUUGUCAGUUUUAAGUACCUAAGUGAUGUCAGGGUACCAAGUGAUGUGAUGCUGGUUGUCUCUGGGUUAGUGAAUAUCCCAGGUUUGUCAGGCAGCUGGUAGUCCCUGGGUUAGUGAAACCCCAAUGAUGAUAGGCUGCUGGCAGCCCGUGAGUUAGUAAAUACCCCAGUGAUGCCAGGCUCUAGUGUCUAUAGCAUCUCUAUGGUUGAGGGAGCAGGAGACCAAGCCAGUGCUUAGGGAGCUGCUGUUUUUAAAUAAAGUUAAGUAAAAUAAUUUUUUACUAAUUAUUUUUUUUUUCCAAGCAAAAGUUGUGGAGGCAGUAUUUAAUAGGGGACAAGGGCACUAUAGCAUUAGGAAUACAGGUAUGUACUUCUAAAGGUAUAGUGUUCCUUUAAUAGAAACAAAUCCUUGUAGCAAUGUUGUAUUAUGUGAAACAUAUUCAGAAGAAUAAACGUUGUAACUACGCACGCAAUGCUGUGGUUUUGGACUGCCAUGUUUGACUUACAAUUCCCCACAUACAUUUUGCCAUUGAGUUUAGUUCUGUAGUGAAAAUAUCAGUAUCAUAAGCCUAUAGCUAGACCAAAAAAGUAAUUUUUCACCAGAAAGGUGCGUACAGAACUUUGUUUUUAUUUGACCAAGGGAUGUAUUUUUAACCCCUUAAGGACACAUGACACGUGUGACAUAUCAUGAUUCCCUUUUAUUCCAGAAGUUUGGUCCUUAAGGGGUUAAGGUGACAGACAUAUUAACAUAAAAACUUAAAAUCCUCAUCUGCCAAAUCUAGUCCGGUAUGAGUAAAAGUAUCAACUGUAUCUUCUGACAUACCUCACAGGCCCUCCUUUGGCUUCUUACAUUGCCACCAUAAUGGAAGGCUGAAAUAGUUAGAAGCAAUGUUGUAUUUAUUUCCAUUUGUUCAACCUGUAUCAUACUUUGAGAAUGAUGUCUCAGUGCUGUAAUGAGAGGUGUACCCAGUGCUAGCACCACCUAUUUCCCAAAUAAAAACACCUUAUUAGGUCCAAUAGACAGUCUGAACCUGUCUCUAUUGAGGAAAAUUCAUUUACAUUUUUAAAAGUUGUGGUAAACUGUAUGUAUAUGGAAUAGAAUUUUUUUUUUUUUUUUUAACACCAUUGGCAUGUUGGCUUAUUCAGCUAUGUUAGAGAGGCUUAAUUAUCAAGCUUGUAUUUCCUCACCGCCCACUACGGUUAGUUUUGUUUUCUUUGUAGUUUCAUGUAGUCUAACACUGCUCUCUUUUAUUUUGAGGAGUCAGUUUGUUUUAUUCUGUUAGAAUUAUUUUCAAACCUUAUUUUUGUAUGCAAGUUUAGAAUUUUUACAUAUUUAUAGAGCUUUUUAGGCUACUGACUUUUUUUUUCUACAGCUUGUAUAAUUGUUUUAGAUUUGAACGGCUGUAAGAAAUCUUGCUUUUCACGAUAUAACUAACAGUUUAUCCAUAUAAAUAUAUGUUAGUAACUAUAUUUCUGCUCAUUCACACACAUACUUUUUUUCCCCACACACAAUAAUAACCCAGCACAACUUAAGUAUGCUUUAUUUAUGUUUUACAGAUUGUCAGUUGAGAAAAAUGUCUUUAUACGAUGACCUUGGCGUUGAGACCAGUGACUCAAAAACAGAAGGAUGGUCGAAGAACUUUAAGCUUUUACAGUCCCAACUUCAAGUGAAGAAAGCAGCGCUGACACAAGCAAAGGUAAACCGAACUUAUCAUUUAAAGGAGAUCUUUGUAUAUAGUAAAUGCAUGUUGUAUGUGUAAAGACUUAUUGUUGUAUUCCUCUUUCCACUUGUUCUACUGCACUGACUUAUAUAGUUUAUCUGGUCAUUAAGUUACAGUUAAAAAUACUAAUAAUAUUAGUUAGGAAGCUUAACUGAAAAACUCAAAUUGCCUGAUCUUUCUGAUUAAAAUGAUGAUGCUUGUAGCCAUUAGUGCUUUUCAGGGUUUUUUAAACAUACUUUUCUGAAGCAACAAAUAUGAGAACUAGCUAACAUGAUAUGAUUAUAAUGUUUUAAGCCCACCACUGUGUCAAAGCACUGUGUGGACCAUGGGUAGUCAACUUGGUCGGUUUGGGAUUUCAGGUGGGCGGUGGUGGGUUCUGCAGAAAACCAAAUUGGGCUUGCAGCAUUAUGUCCCCCCUCCCUGGUAAAAGGUAAAAAGAAGGGAGGAGACAUUAAUAUAGAUUUUUACAUCUCACACACCCACACAAAGCAUAGACCUUAUGCACCCUUCACACACAUCCCUUACCCCUUCACGCGCACACCCCUUACUCACACUGUCCUCCACACACACUACACCCUUCACACAUACUGCCCCCCUCACACACUGCACCCUUCACAUACACACUGCACCUUUCACCCACAUACAGCACCUCACCCACAUAUAGCACCCCUCUAACACACACACACACACACACACACUACACCCAUCACACAUAAGCACGCACACAGCACCUCACACACACAUAUAAAAAAAAAAGGGAAAAAAGAUACAUUUAAGUACAUUUUAUUUUAAAGAAAACCCUCAAAAUUGUUUAAAAUUGCACUUACGCUGUAAAAUUAGUUACUGGGGCAGUAAGGAAAUUUUACCCACUAGGGUGGGCGGUAAGAAAAUUUUACCAUCAACAAAAGUGGGCGGUAGGUAUUAAAAGGUUGACUACCCCUGAUGUAAACAUAUGAUGGGACCAAUUUUUUUUUAUUUUAUUUUUUUUUGUUUUAUAGGUAAAUUUCUAUACAUUUGUAUCAUUUUCACUAUUAAAGAGUCCGACUUAUUCAUGACAUCUUGAACACACUCUCUCAAGGGCUGUCCGUAAAACAACCUGGAACACUUGUCUUGUUACCAGUGUUCCAGUUCCAAGUUGCCAUUGUCAAUUUUGUCUCUAUAUUGCAUUCAAUUUGCACACACUGCAUGUAAAAUACGGAUGGAUCUCUCUCCUACCAGAAAAGGGAGCCAAGCGUUGGACCGCACAUGACGAUAGCAAUACACAGCCUGGUUCACUACACUGAGGUUGUCUGUAAACUGGAUAGCAGGUUGUCCGGUUAUUGGCAUUAUUCUAUAUGUCCUCCUCAAAUUUAACUCUCAAAGCACAUUUUAAAAGAAGUUUUACAUACCCGACUGACUUCACUGAAACCAUGCUGAAGUCCAGUCAAAGGCUUUUCAUAGAGAAGUUUUUGAUUGGAUGAUUUAUGCUCUCUGCCCGCAAGGGAGAAACCGUUAUGUCUGUCAGAAGCGUGCAGUGCGCACAGACAGACAUGUUUUAGGCACAGAACUUAAAUUAGUUGGUACAGAGUUAGUCACUAAACUGCGAAUUGUUAGUAAUUUAGUGAAUUUCAAAUUUUGGGACAAAAAGGAAAAACAAUUGCUGACUUUUAUAUUUGCGGAGGUUUUAUAUUUUUCCUAAUUCAACUAUGUUAGCCUAAAAUUUUUAAAUUUGUAAACUACAUUUUAGUGAAUAUUCCCUCAGUGCUCUUUAUGGAGUCGUGAGAGCAUUGCAUGAUUUAUGUUAAUAUUGCAUUUUUCUUCCCCCCACAAAAAACAGUUGCAAUGUUGUGCAUUAUACAGUUUGUAAAAUGAAAUGAUGCUUAUGUGGCUAAUUCCUGUUCAUGUUAUUUGAAUCUGAUCACAUUGAUUUCUUUUUUCUGUCAGCAGUUAAUCUUCCUGUGUUUUAUUUCAGACACAAAGAACGAAACAGAGCAAUGUACUUGCUCCUGUGAUAGACCUUAAGCGCGGCGGUACUGAUCAGAUUGUGGACACACCACCUCAUAUUGCCUCUGGGUUAAAGGUAAACUUUAGGAUGGUGAUGAAAUCAGCCAUUGUGGCAAUAUUUAUUAUUAUUAUUGACCUUGGUAUGGGUCCUUGAUUUUAUGAAUUACUAAAUUUGUUUGUCACAAAUCAGAAGUUACUUUCCAAAAGAGUCUCUAGUCAUGAUACAAGUUGUUUUUUGUUUUUUUGUUGUUGUUUUUAACCAUGGCACAUGAGAGAGUUCAUUUCCAUUUUAAAGGGAUACCUCAUACACUUUAGCAACCUAAGCAUAUUGAAUAGAUUUUCGUGCAAGUAUCUCCCCUGUUCCUGUUGCAGUGUUAUUGCCUCUGUGCAGCAUGCCUCAAAUUCAAUGAUUGUCUGUGUAUCCUGUGGUGAGUGGAGCAACUGAAACAUGAGUUGUGAGACCUGGUGAUAUCUAAAGAGUAAUUUUGAAUUCUUCUACUGGGAUCACUAGUCCAUUUAUCAAGAUAUCCUUAAAGGACACUGUAGGCACCCAGACCACUUCGGCUAAUUGAAGUGGUCUGGGUGCUGUGCCCCUAUUGCACUUUAUGCAACAAUGUAGCUCUAAGUCUGCUCUCAGUGGCUGUCUGACAGACAUCCACUGGGGGCGCUUCCAGAAUCGAAACGGACCUUUGGUCCAUUAUCUGAUGCUGGAAGAGGACCUCCAGCAUCAGAUUUUCCCCAUAGGAAAGCAUUGAAUAAUGUUUUCCUAUGGGGAAGUCUAAUGCGCGUACAUGGGUCUACCUAGCGCUGGAUCCAGGUAAGUAGCUGAAGAGGUUUUAACCUUUUUAAACCUAUAGUGCCAGGAAAACGGCACUAUAGGAUCGAUUUAGGAUCGAUUUUCCUGGCACUAUAGGAUCGAUUUAGUGAAUGAGGGCGCCAUAGAGAAGAAUGAAAAAAGCGAGAUGUUGCAAGAUAAAAAUGGAAAUCACAUAAAACAUUAUACAUUAAGGUAGGGGUUCCAAAUCAGUUUUUCCAGUGGAACCCUUUGGCACAGUGUACCAACGUAGUAGAACCCCUCCCCCACCCCCCAGGAAAAAAAAUGCGCCGUAGCAUAAACAUUUUAUUGAGCAGAGCUUUGUUUUCUUUUUUGACAAAUUUAGUUUUAUUUUUUAAUUUUUUUCUAUAUAUUCCCUAAUUUCUACAGAUAUUAAACAGAUUGUAGUACUUAGGAUCAGGUGUGCUUCACUGUGUGGAGCUGGUUUGUAUAUAAUUUUUGCAUAUUAAUACAGGGGUGGAUUUGUAUGUAAUGUAAUUUGUGUAUAGUAUUGGUGUUUGAGUGAAGGGUGUCUUUGAGAGUUUGUAUAUAAUUUUGGAGUUGAAGUCCAGGGGUGUCUUUUUAUGUUAUUUUUGUGUUUGCAUGUUGUGUGAGUUUUUGAUUGCUGGGAUGUCUGCACAUACACUGCCGCAUACAUACUUGUUCAGAUAUACAUGCACAUUAACAAACAGAAACACACAGGUACACACACAUAUUGACUCACAGAUACACACACUAGCACAAAGACACUCACUGGCACAUACACACACUGAAACACAGAUACACACAUUGACACAUACACACACCAAUAUACACGAACACUGGCACAAAUCUAAACACACACAGGUAGUUUAUAAUUGCAGCCACCUUCCUGUUAGCUUACCUUUUUUUCUGCAGGAGGUUGACUUCCUUGGAGUGCUGCUAGUGUGUGAGGUCAGCAGCAGCUCUCUCCCCCAUCCUGCAUUCUCUCCAUCCCGCUCGGCUAGCUCUAUGUCUGGGAGGAUAUGGCAGGUUGUCACUUCCUCCCAGCAUCCAAUACUACAAGGGCCCGUGGCACCUCACCCACUGUUCAGCAAUACCCAUCGGGUGACCCUAAGUGCUUGGGUCACCUGAUGGGCAAAUAGCAUUAGAACACCAAUUGGGAAAUGCUGCAUUAAGGUAAUGGGAAUUGUUGCAUUACUUUUUACCCCUGGGUGAAAACAGCUGGACUUUGGCCAAGGGAGUACAUAAAUGAUUGGUAAAUUAAAUGUUGUUGUUCUCAAAUGACAUCCAUAGUUUUUGCAAGUAGAGUGACAAAUCCCUGUAAGUGUAUUGGGUUUGGUGAGAAAAUCAUGUCUGAUGUACUGUGUACAUGGCAUUGUAAUUCUAUGGUCAUAAGGAAAGUUGUUUAUUCUUAAGGUACUGGAUGAUUUUGAAUUUUAUUAUUUAUAAUGCUUGUUUUUAAAUGUUUGUUGUAUUCUACAGGAUCCAGUUCCCAGUGGCUUCUCUACCGGAGAGGCUCUGGUACCAUUAGCAGAUGAGUAUGACCCUAUGUACCCCAAUGAAUACGAGAAAGUAGUGAAACGUCAGAGGGAGGAGAGGCAGCGGCAGCGUGAAAUUGAGAGACAGAAAGAAAUAGAAGAAAGGGAAAAGUAAGAAUCUAGAAAAAUUAACAAAAAUAAAUAUCUGUGCAUUAACUGAAUGAAAUGUUACACAUGCUGUAAUUAUAAAAUAAAUGUAUUUUAUUUACAGUUAUAAAGGUCUAUUAGUGAAUAUGUUGCUCAGCCGAACAUGCUUAGUUAAUUGCAUAUAUUCUGGAGGAAAAGUUUGAUUCACAUAGGUUUACACAGUGCUAUCUCUGAGCAUUGGCUGGCAACCACAGCUAAACUUGUCAAAUUUGUACUCUAUUAUGCUUUACUUAAUGGAAUAUAACAGCCAUGAAAACAAAUUUAGCUUAAUGAAGCAGUUUGGUGUUUAGAUCAUGACCCUGCAGACUCACUGCUCAAUUCCAUGCCAUUUAUGGGUUAAAUAACUUUGUUUAUAUAUCCCUAGACAAACCUCUCUGCAUGUGACAUUACACAUCCUUCCUAAACAUGCCAUGUAAAGAGUCAUCUAAUGUUUCCACUUUCUAUAUUGCAAAUUCUGUUUAAUUUGAAAUUUUCUUAACUCCUGCUCUGUUGAUAGCAGGAGCCUCCUUUUAUGUAAUCAAAAUUCAAUUUAUAGAGUGGGAGAUAAAAACCUUUAAAAUCUUCUGAUUGAAAAUGAAACAAUUUUUUUUUCAUGCAGCCUGGGUCAGUCACAGCAAGAGGAGGUGUGGCUAGGGCUUCAUAAACCAAAAUAGUUUAUUUAACUCCUAAAUGGUAGAGAAUUGAGCAGUGAGACUUCAGAUGCAUGAUCUAUACAAAACUGCUUCAUUAAGCUAAAAUUGUUUUGGUGAUUAAAAGAAAGACAGAAAAGUCCUAUUUUAGACUUGACACUCUAUUUUAGACUUAAAACUCAAUUGAGCAAUUGAUUUUGUUAAAGGUAUAUAUAAAAUAAUGAUUUUCUGCUGUAGAAAUUUUAUAUAAUCAUCAGAAAUAAAAAUGUCAAUGCCUACACUAAUAGCUAGGCUUUAAAGGUCACUUGCCAACACAAGCCUGGAAGGUCCAUGACACUCAUCAGGGCUACAAAUUUUUCUUGCCAAUGGUUAGUGGAAAUGUUGAGCCGUAUUAUUUGUAUUAUUAUUUGCAACAUUUAUCUAGCACCAACAUAUUCCUCAGCACUUUACAAUUUUAGAAAGGGGAUAUCUGAAGGUGAGCUCACUGCUCAAGUGAGCUUGCAAUAUAAAUAGGUUCUCAACUCACUACAGCUCUUGUUUUACUCAAUAGAUCCCUAUGUUUUCACUUUCAUGGAAGUGAAACCUCAUAAUGUGUCAUUUAGACAAUCCAAACUGAUAGGAUGCUGUACAACGUGCAGAUUACAGAGCUCAGGCUAGUUAUAUUAAUGGAGCAACAUCUGAUCAUGACAAUACUUCUGGAAUGGAUUUGUUCUAAUGCUUGUAAUCUUUUCUGUGUUCACUGUUACAUGGACCAAAUGAAUAGGGAGGUUAUCUAAUUUUCUGUUUGAGGAAUAACAUUGAUAAUUUAGCUGAUCUAAUUUUCGUAAAACAAGGGUUUUGAUGAGAGUAACUCUUGCUGUGCUGAUUUCCCUCCCCCAACCAUCCCCAAGUUAAAAAAAAAUUGUGAUGUGAAAAUCAAAUACACAACAAGCCUUUAGAGUAAAGACAAAUUUAUUCUGUGUAUAAUUAAUUUUUGUUCCUAAAUGUCUAAAAACUGUUGUGCCGUUUACAUACAUUAAUUUAUUUUUCAUUUAUCCACUGCAGAAAUAUUAUGUUAUGAAGUAUUACAAAUUAUGGUAUUUUCAUAGUAGGAAUAAAGGUGAUUUUUAUAUAGAAUAUAUAAAUUAUUAAAUGCCCUACUAAUUUGAAUUUCUAAGGCAGUUGCUGGUAUGCUUUGGAAAAAUUAGAGUAAUUUUGUUUUCUUCCUGGUAAAUGCUUUAUAAAUCUCAACCUAUUAUAUAAGUAUAUAUUUUAAAAUAAGAUGUCAAACUCUGUCUUAGGCGAAGAAAGGACAGACAUGAAGCCAGUGGAUUUUCCCGUCGUCCAGAUCCUGAAGACGAAGAAGACGAAGAUUAUGAACGAGAGAAAAGAAAGAGGGGUAAAUUUUUAUUAUAAUUUUUUUGGGUUGUGUGCUUGUGCACACACAAACCCAAAAGGGCUGCUCUUACCUGAACAUGUAUACUUUAUGAGGGUGCUGCUGGGGACAAUUAAUACAACAUACAAGACCUAGUGCACUCACUCACUAAACCGCAACUUUAAGGCUCAAAGAAUUUAAUAGAAUUUUUUAAUUUUUUUUAAAACUUGAAUUAGGCAAAAAUAGUUGGGAUAUAGUUACAGUAUACGAUCAUACAUUGCAUAAGGCUGCCACAAAGCCAAUGCACCACAUUUUUGGCAGGUCCUACUCUGUAGCAACCUAAUGCCUGCUCUUAUGAUACUAAUCCCCUUACUUGGAAAUCCUUACUCUGGUGCUUUCUGCAGUGCAAGGUAAAAUAGGGCCCUAGAGUGCGGGGCCUGACUGUCAUGGAGCAGAGACAUGCUUUGCUAGAGCUCCUCUCCUCUGCGAAUUUGAACUGCAGUUCUAAUCCUCAUUCUGCCUCAGUGGGAACUAUUUAAGUGACUUACACAAUUCCUGACUCAACUAAGACCCACUGUAGGGUGUAAAAGUUUGAAAGGAGUUCACCUGCUGUACAGCUCAUAUCAUGAGGCCUGAUGCGCACCGGAUGAGGGAAACGUCCGAUCUUCUGGGCCGGAGCUGCUCGAUGGUAAUCAACACCAAACUGGAGACCCGUUACUCCCACCCCCCCACCCCCCUGAUCAGUGGGGGUGAUACUGGUCCACCCUUGGGAGGCUGCCCUGACGACGUAGGAGUUGGAGGCAACACCACAACGGCUACUACUAACUUCAGCGACAUAGCCAAAAUGGCGGACGCAGAGUGGGUCCCCGGCAACACUGAGGACAAAUCUGAUAUAUGUCCAGGCUGGACAGAAUAUUCAACAAUUUUUGGUGCAAGGUAGAGAAUAGGAUGCACCAACUUGUUCUUAGCCAAUUGUGCGACCACUCAUUGAAAAAGCCGACCCCAAACAUACAGCAGAAAAUCACAGCUGCGGAAGCACAUCAGGCCCCAAUUUGGCGGUGAGGCGGGAAAUGUGCCAAGCUAUGACACACAGCUGCUCGUCCAUAAAGGGGUAAACACUUACCUCAGUCAGCCCCCAAAAUCCUCACAUGUCCCAGUGGCAGAAGCUCCAUCCUACAGCGAAACAUACACCGUGUUUCCUACAAGCACAACACAGCGCAGAAGCACACAACCAAGCAGUGCAGACAUCGCAAGUCGGAGAUCUUGUGGGGAACCCCAGGCCUGGCUGGAGAUUUGGCCCAUCAGCAUCUAUCUUGGAUCCAUGGCACACAGCAUGCCUCUUUAUUACGUGACUAUGCUCUGUCCAUGGAGGGCAUAGGUUGAACAUGACCUUGAGACUGAUCUGUGCGGACAAGCCACUCACUUUAUUCUCCCUACAUAUCUGAUUUGGCGAGGCUUUUGGUUGUAUUGCUUGCUGCCUACAUAAGUGCGUCUUUAUUCGUUAUACAUAGUUUAUUUUAUUUUUAUUUAACUGUUUUUAUCCUGAGGCUCAGUUUAUCAAUCUCUCGCUAGUCACAUAAUUAAGUCUCCCAGAGAAAUAAUCUUGUUGUUUCUACUUUUGUUCUAUCUUGUUUAAUAAUACCAAGAGUGCAGUAUUUUCAUGUGUUAUGCUACAUUUAUACUCUAUACUCGUUAACUAUACCAAGUCCUGGGUACCCAUGUUAAAAUGAGAGCUAUGAGAUGUUGCAACUUACCUUUUACACUCACUCAGCAAUUUAAUCCCUUAAGGACACAACAUGUGUGACAUGUCAUGAUUCCCUUUUAUUCCAGAAGUUUGGUCCUUAAGGGGUUAAUCUAACAUGCUAACACCUAAUCAUUGGCCAUUUACAAGUCUAGAGUUUAUCCUAAAACUGUGAGGCCAGAACAUACUAGGCAGACAGCUCUGGUUCUCCAUCCUGCUAGUAAGCACUAGAUACUCAUGUUGUGAUAGCUACAUGGGCAUAACAGUUUAACCUUCGACCAGCAACUAAACAUGGUAGCCUAACUUAUUAAUUUUAUUAUUAUGUUAUUUAUAUAGCGACAUCAAAUUCCGCAGCGCUUUACAAUGGGUGGAUGAACAGACAUGUAGUUGUAACCAGACAAGUUGGACACACAGGAACAGAGGGGUUGAGGGCCUGGCUCAAUGAGCUUACAUGCUAGAGGGAAUGCUAACUUGUGAAUGCACGCCAACAAUCCUGUUAUUCUUGCUUUUCCUUUUACCUUUAAUUUUAUAAAAAGUGCACUACUCAUGCAUCAUGAUUUCACCUGUAUUAUAUCAUCUUGCUGAUAUGUCAGUUUAUACAUCUUUGUCUACUGCUGCGUUACCAAAAAUAAAGAAAAACUAAAUUAUGCCCUGGAAUGAGGCACAAGGAGGGGUAAAAAGCAACAUGUGUUGGUCUGGACACCCAAAUAUAUUUACAUAUUAAAACCAAGAGAAAUACACUUACCUUACUAUGCAUACAUUAUAAGGGUGCUGGUGAGGCCAAUUCAUACAAGAUCUCUAAAAAAAACAUAAUCAAAGUUCACAGAAUAUAAUAGUUUGUUUUUUAAUUUUAAGGACACCUCACAUGGGCAAAAAUAAUGGGGAUAUAGUUACGAUUAUUUAUAAACUAUUUUACCAGGAUGGAUACAUUGAGAUUUCUCUAGUUUUCAAGUAAGUCUUGGGUCUUUGUCCAAAUAACAUUGUAACGUUACAAUAGGAUACAAUAUUACAAAAAUACAAUAUGCAAGCUAUAUUGUGUAUAUAUUACAUAACAAGUAAUAAAUAUAUUUCUUUAUGGUUUUUAUCUACGCAGUUUAAAACCUAUUUUUCAGUAGAAUGAUCGUGUUGGGGGGGUGUUCUUUAGGCCAGUUGAUUUAGCUGAAGGUUUUUCUGAAUGGAGAGACUUGGCUGACUGAUCUGGGGGAAAAACUUGAUCACUCCUAUAAUUUGGAUUAAGAGAUUUAAGGUUUACUUCUGCAACUAGAUAGACGCUGACCUUGCUUAGUGUUUAGUUGCAUGAGAUUAUCUGAUACUGAGUUCUAGUCCAAACUGUAAUUCAAGGACCGAUCAUCCCAGAAGAAAGACCAAAUUAUCUCAAUAGUUUGAUUGUAUUUUGCAUAUUUUUACCAUUUAGCACUUUGCUUUGAUUUAAUGUAUGUUUCUUUCAACAAAUAGCCUAAAAUUUAUUUUUCAAUAAAUUAUGUAAAUGCCAUUUCUAGAGUAUGAAAGUGCAGUGAGCUAAACUGAUAGAAAAUUUGACUCUGUGGCACCAACAGCAAUCUCUAUACUAAUUAUAUAUUUGUUUCCAUAUUAUUUGAUAUCCAUUGGCUAACUUAUUUUUUUUUUUUUUUUACUUGGUAUGCCAGUCUGUCCUGGCACAGCCAGACCAUAGAGUGUAAAUUAACUUAACCUCCUUGGGCCUGGAGGAUACCACAUUUUUUUGGAACUAUGGAAGGAAUACCUUGGUGGGCCCUCUUUUAUUUACAGGCCCACUCGGACGUGGUUUCGGCACACCACAAUGAAACUUUCAUCUCAGACACUAUCCAUUACAUAUUAAAUUCCAAGCACAUAUAUAUAUAUAUAUAUAUAUAUAUAUAAUGUGUGUGUGCAGCAUUCCACUGUUAAAUGCUGCACAUUCUGACAUUUAGCAGCUUGCUAUGUCAGAUUUGUGCCAGUUCAUGUUAAUUCUGUGUACAGUGAGGUUUGUUCAUAUGUGUUCAUCCUGCAUUCCAAAAGGCUUUGCACUUGGCGGGACUUAGGUAACUGGGAAUCUGCUGCAAAACUGUUUGCUCCCUUACCAGAGAAUGGCACCAGAGUAAUCUGCAACAGUGGGCUGUAAUGGUUAUGAUGUACAGAGUAGCCCUUUUAAAGGACACUCUAGAGUACCAAAACCACUAUAUAUUAAAUGCUUUUGAAGCAUGGAAAAACUCCUUUUACUUGGACAAAAUAAAAAAGAGAAAAGGGAAUGUUUACAUUCAAAGGUCUUCAUGUUCAGCAUCCUCACAAACAGGGUGAUGACCAUGAAUGCGUUUAAUGCUUCUCAUAGAAAAGCAUUGAAUUCAGCUCUACUCUGUAAGAAGCAUUGGUUUGGACCAGAGUCCAUAACUGAUGAUCUCGUUGUGGGUGGAGCUAUUCCUGAAAGGAGACUGUUCAUGAGCUGGAUUACAGAAAGUUUAAAGGCUUUCCUUUUUUAUUUUAACAAUCAGGAUUCCUAAAUAUAAAUUUAAAAUAAAAAAAAUACAAAACAUAAAUUUGUGUUAGUGUUCCUAACACAAGGAAAUUUCAUAUGCAGUAUUGGUGUACUUUCCCCCCAUCUAUAGUUUGUAGAUUUAUUUUUCUCUUUCUCAUUGUGAAAUAAAAUUUAAAUAAAUGCUACAGAUCUUUUAGAAUGUUUAACCCCUUGUUACCAGAAAAUCUGUAAUUAUUUGGCUUAUAUGUAUCUAAGCUGUUUAAGACAUUCUCCUGGUGCUGCCUUCACAACCUAUGUUACAAUAAGACUGUAUGUGAAUGGUAGCUAUUGUAGAAUGUGUCAUAUUUCUCUGUGUGACUUCUUAGAAUGUAUUUCCUGCUACUUAAGUAGUAAAAUUAGACAUUUUUCUGUGAGGUAAGACAAAUUAACUAGAUGUGUGCCACAAAAAUUAAUUCUAUGUCAGACUUAAAUGUGUACAUAUGAUAAAAUGUGUUUGUUUUUUUUGUAUACUCUAACAUCUAGUUUAUUUUGAUAUGACUUACUUUGUUGUUAGAGCUGUGAGACACAAAUGCCUGUCUCUGACUUAAAAUAAUUAAAAUAAAUGUAAUAAGAAAAAGUGAACAUCACACCAGCAUAUAGGUACUACUGCAAUACCAAGUGGUAUAUACGUGAACUUGUUCACUUCAACUCUUGAACAUACUGUGCAUGUGUUUGGAAAGUGGAUGUAGUCAGACUGAUUAGUUUUGUGUCAAAUAUAUUUUAACUAAUUAUAUGGUUUUAUGUUCACAGUAAUAGGAGGAGCUGCUAUUGCACCACCAACAUCCCUUGUUGAGAAGGACCGAGAAUGUAAGCUUUCAAUAAGUUUAGAUUAUGUAUGCUUCUUUUUGACACUAGGUGGAGUACUUCUACUUUAGAAUAUAUAUGUUCACGUACAAAUGUUACAUUUUACAAUGUACAUAGGUUUGACACGUCAUUGAUUAUGACAAAAAUGUUGCUGCUUUACAUGUGUUAGUUAUGACAAUUGUGUACAUGGAUUACUAUAGCUAUGCACGUUCUAUGAAAAAUUUUCUUAGGUCAGAAAGCAGAAAUACUGCUAACCUCUGUUCCUUAUAUAAAACAAUGUAUUUAAACUUUCAGUUUGUGUAACAUAGAUCUGUUUUCACUGUACAUUACUAAGUCUAUCAUCUUUCCUCAGUGUUGCUGGUCCAAAAGAUCUAAUGCAGUAUACUAUUAUGCCUAAUAAUAAAACAUAAACUUGGGCACAAUGAAAAUGAUCAGUUCAUCUGAAUGAAUUUGGAUGAAAAAACAUUUCCAUCUGUCUGAACCAAAUUUUGUUCAUUGGGCUAUGUGGUUUGGAUGAAAUUCAGACCGUAUUUUGGAAUCUGAAUUUCUGUGAUCCAUGACUGCAUAUUGCAGCUGUUUAGCAGAUAACUCCGGACAUCUGUACUCUUGUGUGCAUAUUUUAGGAUAGCAAAUUACGGAGCAGAUUAUUUGAUAGGUCCCUUAUAUGGCAUUUUUAUGGCAAUCCCACAUAAGAAUAUUAACCAAUUUAUUGAAGCAUCUACUAAGCAGCUGAAAUAUCAAAAUUAAGCCCUUUUCUUAAUGUUGGUCUUUCAGUUGUUACUAGAAGGAUAACAGAGGUUUAAAUCCUUAAAUCCUCCCUCAUGAUUCACCCACCAAGCUGCAGUUAGGAGAAUGUCAUCCCCCCCUUAUUAUAUUUAGAGAUACAAUCAAUGAGUGGGGCUAGGUGGGACAGUAGGGCCCCCCUUUUCCAGGUUAUUACAUUUAGAGGACACACUUGGCACAUUAGGGUCCCUCCAAGUUAUUUUAGGGACUGGAACCACUAGUCGACUCACAGAGGUGAUGCUCGAGUAUCGAAUGAUUAUAUGUGGCUCCCUGGUACCAACAAGGGUCUAGCCCAGGUGGUAUCUUAAAGUCUUGAUGGUCUGUGCUGUCAUCAAACCCUGCAUGGCGUAGUCAGUCAUGCGUUCCUUAAGGGGUUACAAUUUGUUUGAAUGUUUAAAAUGGAUAUCUAAAAUACAUUGAAAUGGGGUUAUCUUCAGCUUUUGUGUUUAGUUAAGCUUUGAAAGAGAAUAAGAAAUGGACAUGAAGCAGAACUAUUUGAAAAGACUAACUGCAUCUGCAAGAUGUAUUGUUGAUAUUAUUUGCUAUUAUUUGGCUCACUUGAACACAAACAUUUAAAGGAACACUAUAAGCACCAAAACAACUACAGCUUAUUGCAUUUCUUCUGGCCUUCAGGCUUUUUGCUGUAAACACUGUCUUUUCAGAGAUAAUGCAGUGUUUACAUUACAGUCUAGUGAUAACUCCACUGGCCACCUCUCAAAUAGUUACUAGAGGUGCUUCCUGGGUCAGUCCUGCCUAAAAUGCAUCCAAACAUAGUGUCUCCACCCUCUGCAUGCAGACACUGAACUUUCCUCAUAGAGAUGCAUUGAUUCAAUUCAGCUCUAUAAGGAGAUGCUGAUUGGCCAGGGCUGUGUUUGAAUCAUGCUGGCUCUGCCGCUGAUCUGCCUCCUUGGAAGACUCAGCCAGUCCUAUGGGGAAGCAUUGUGAUUGGCUAAGACCACCACUUCUGAUUAUGUCAGAGGCAGUUCACAAGCAGAGGCAGCAGCUUCAAACUUGAAUACAAGUAAGAUUUUACUAUAUUUAUGGAGGCAAGGGGGGUCCAAGGGGGCUAGAUGGUGGUAUUAACACUAUAGGGUCAGGAAUACAUUUUGUGUUCCUGACCCUUUAAUGUUCCUUUAAUGAAGCUGUUUUGGUGUAUAGAUCAUGCCCCUGCAGUCUCACUGUUCAAAUCUCUGCCAUUUAGGUGUUAAAUUGCGAUGUUUAUGAAACCCUAGCCAAGUCUCCCUACGAACGUCCUGAAAAAGAGUCUGUGAGAUCUGAUUUUAAAAUGUGAGUCGCAGCCACUGCAUAAACAGAAACAAAGGUGAUUGCACUCCCAAAUGGCAGAAAAUUCAGCAUUGAGACUGCAUGGGGUAUGCAUUACACACUCUUACUGCUUCAUACAGAUACAUUUGUUUUGGUGCUUAGUGUCCCUUUAAUUUAUAUUAAAAAAAUAUUUUUUAUUAUAUCUAAUCUAUAACAUUUGUUUUAUUUAUAUGUGCUCUACAACACAUCUUAUAGAUAUGUGUUUUAGAUAUAUAUUGUGAUGGCAGUGUUCAUAAUUUGAAUGGUGUAUUUUGGCUUCUUUUAGCUAUUGUGCCACAAUAUGACGACGAACCAAAGCCACGUCCUCCCGUUGCAAAAGCUGCCAUACCACCACCGAUGUAUGAUGAGCCAGAGAGAUCACGUUCACCACCAAUGCCUAGUAAUUCCUUCCUAGCAAAUAUGGGGUAAGGAAUAAAGCCCUUACAUAUUGAAAAACAUGACUUAUUACAGCUACAUCCAGUGUAUGUGUGUGCAUUGCCAUAUGUGUGUAUGGCAAAAAAAGUAAUGUUUUACUUGUGUAAAUGUUUUGUAUUAUAAUAGAAUGUAAGAUAUUAGAAAUCAAUGGUCACAUGACGAUAAGCUAGCACCAACAUACUGAAAAUCUUUAACAAACUAAGAUUACAAUUUUGAAUGUUUAUUUAUUUUUAUUUUUUUACUUAUUAAAAAGGGCAUUCCAGGCACUGACAUGAACAUAUUAGGUGCUUGGUUACAGUUAAGUAUAAUUACAUGCAAAUUAAAGAAAUGCUAAUAUUAUGGCCACAGUAAUAAGAAUCUUUUUUAGAAAAGGCUUUGAUUAAGCAUUAGCAAUGUAUUACCCAUGUAUUCAGAAUUUUUUUUUUUAAUUUAAUUUUUUACUUUACAGUGGAACAGUGGCUCACAAAAUAAUGCAGAAGUAUGGCUUCCGGGAAGGUCAGGGUCUUGGAAAGCAUGAACAGGGGCUCAGCACUGCACUUUCUGUUGAAAAAACAAGCAAGAGAGGAGGCAAAAUUAUUGUUGGGGAUUUGGCAGAUAAAGGUAUGUUUGUGAUUGCUGAGUUUCAUGGGAAAUUAAGUAGUUAAGCUAGAAAAAGGCAGAUUUAGAUAAAAUUUGAUCUGCCAGAAAUUGAAUUCAUAAAUUGGCAUGUAGUUUAACAAAUAACAGUACAGACUGUGUGGCAAAAUAAGGUUGACAACAUCUUGCCACUUUUUUUUUUUACAGCAUAAAGACAAAGUUUUGAAUGUAUCUACACACAACCGUUUAGAUUAAAAAAAAUUAUUUUUUUUUAAAAAUUCACACAAUACAGAAAAAAAGAAUAACUAAUCUGUUGAGAACUAGAAUAUUUUGAGUGACAAAUGACCCCUCUGAGUGACUGCAAUCUGUGCAGUAUAUAAUGUGCAAAUGUGUUGUAAAUGUAUAAAUUGUGCUUACAAUGCGUGCGUGGUGCGCUUGGCUUGAAUUAAGGUUUGUAUUUCUACCUUUCAGUUGACUCCUCAAAGAAAGCGGACCCAAACCCUCUGACAGAAAUAUUAAAGUUCCCCACCAAGGUUGUUUUACUAAGGGUAAGAAGAAAAACAUAUGUAUCAAGUUUUUCUAUUUCCUAAUCAGAUAAUUGCAAGCAUCAAUUAUGAAGCAUUUGUUAGAAGUACCUGUGUAUACAGUAUUUCAAAAAUCCAGCAGUAGUAAACAUGUAUUUUUUAGACACUUUAAGUGCUUUUUGCUUAUGCAUUUAUAAAUUCAGUUGAAUAUUGGUCCAAAAUGAAGUUUAUUGUAGCUUUCUGACUCUGUAAAUAAACAUGCACUCUCUUAAAUUUAACCACAGAACAUGGUAGGUGCCGGAGAGGUUGAUGAAGAUCUAGAAGCUGAAACUAAAGAAGAAUGUGAAAAAUAUGGAAAAGUUGGAAAAUGUGUUAUUUUUGAGGUAAGUGCAUUUUUAUAUUUGUCUUGGCAGAAAUCGUAUGGAGUUUUACAGGGAUUCAAGAUGAAUGCCUUUAUUGUGUUUCAAGAAUAGUCUAACUGUAUAUCUUAAAAUUGUACACCUGUAGGUGCAUUCAGGUAUACUUGUAUAGGCUUCCUCUAUUCCCCUAAAACUUAAAUGAAACACAAGCACCAUAACCACUACAGUGUGUCCUGGUGUCCGACCAAAGGAAGUAGUCGAAUUGUUUACUAAUGGUUUUACUUCUUUACUACCUCUGUUGUGCACAGGUAGUGCGUCUUCUGUUUGUUCUCCUGAGCUAAACCCUGCUGUGCAUGGUAUGUUCACUGGCUGACAAUGUCUAAGCACUCUCAGCCAGUUAGCUAAGUCCUGCAUCACUUUGUUUUGAUGAGGAGGAAGGGAGCUAUGCCAGGUUAAUCCCGGGUAAGAAGUCAAACUUUUAGCCAAUAAUCUGACUACUUACAUGGGUGGGGGGAGGCACUGUAGUGGUUUUGUUGUUUGGAGUGUUCCUUAAACUAUAAACUCCUUCUCCAUUUUCUUCUUUGAAGUUGCCGUUAGCUCAAACACAAAGAGUGUUUUGAUGGUCACAUUGCAUUGCCCGAAUUUAAAUGUUACCGCUUAUGCUUCCUGCAGCACAUAUUCUUUAUCACUUCCCAGCUGUAUAAACUGUUCAUGGCAUGCAGAUGUUAAAGGAAAGAGAGGUGGAGAUGGAUUGGAAUACAAAUAGUAAAUAUUCCAAACUGGUGUAAAAAGAGACCAAGAUAUGCAGGACUUGGGGUUUUCUCUCCCCCACUACCCCUGGUUACUAGUUGCAAUGGUGGUUGGAAGUGAUUUGUUUGGUUUUUUUUUUUCUCCAUUUUUUUUAUUUUAAUUCCCUUCUUAGUUCUGAUUACUGCAAGAGAAACCUUUUAUAUUGUAUUGUUAUAUGGAUUUGAUUCUAACUAAUCGUUUCUGGUUUGGAAUCUAAGAUGUAUAUCCAUUAAAGGACCACUAUAGUGCCAGGAAAACAUACUCGUUUUCCUGGCACUAUAGUGCCCUGAGGGUGCCCGGCUCUGGAAGGGGGAAAGGGGUUUAAACUUACCUUUUUCCAGCGCUGGGCGGGGAGCUCUCCUCCUCCGUUCCUCCUCCUGGGCUGAAUGCGCAUGCGCGGCAAAAGCUGCGCGCGCAUUCAGCCGGUCACAUAGGAAAGCAUUCAUAAUGCUUUCCUAUGGAUGCUUGCGUGAUCUCACUGUGAAAAUCACAGUGAGAAGCACGCAAGCGCCUCUAGUGGCUGUCAAUGAGACAGCCACUAGAGGAUUAGGGGGAAGGCUUAACCCAUUCAUAAACAUAGCAGUUUCUCUGAAACUGCUGUUUAUGAAAAAAUGGGUUAACCCUAGCCGGACCUGGCACCCAGACCACUUCAUUAAGCUGAAGUGGUCUGGGUGCCUAGAGUGGUCCUUUAAGUAAAUAAGGCCUCAUGCCCACAUUCAGUGUGCAUUUACUAAUGGGAUUUUUUAUUUGUAUUAUAUUUAUUUUUUUUAGCUGAAUUUAAAGUUUUGUUUUUUGUUUUAACAGUUUAUCCUCUACAUUUUCUAAUAACAGUGCUUGCCUCCCUGUUCUCCCUGUCAUUGCUCGACUGAUUAAAUAUGACUUGUAUGCCUCUUGUGUGUUCACUAUUAAAGCUCAUUACCACAUUGUGGCACUGCAUCUAUGCUUAUGUUUGACAUCAUAAAAAGAGGCAAAACCAGUAGCAAUGUGUUUGGAGGCUAAAAGUAUAGAGCUGAUGUGGCUUUCUUUAUUAACAUGAUAAUAUUUGAAAGGUUUACGUACUUCCUGGUUUAUCCUUGGUUUGCUUUUCUCUGAAGCAUCAUCCUUUUUCUAAAGUGGAAAAAUGGCGCUUCGUAUUAUUAAAUUGCAUAUAUUAGUGUUUUCAUUGAGAUGAUAGUUUUAUUUGUAUAUGUAUUUUGACAUGUGUAUUUGAAGGAGUGAGUAACUGGGAAAUAUUUUCAGUCUUGAUUUUUUUUUAUUUUUUUAUUUUUUGCAAGUGUGGAGAAUCUAUGAAAUAUUUUUCAUUGAGAUUUUUUAGUCUGGUGGUGGCUGCACCUAUUCCAAGUGAAGGUCGUGCUGACCCUGACCACAUAUUGAUUUUCUUUGGCAUUUUAACUGCAAAUGAUUUUUUCUGAAAUGUGCUGGCCUUUUCUCUUUGACCAGCACAGUACCGCCGCAUGGGCUUUUCACUUUUUUUCUGGCCCCUGUUGUCUGCAUAUAAUGUAUAAAGCUGUGUUUUAUUCUUAAUUUUGUUUUCUUAUCAGGAGAGUUGUGUAUCAAGUUAGAUUUUUACCUUAAUAUUGUCUUCUUUUUUUUCUUUUCUUUAUUUCUGGUUUUCUGUAAGUUAAUUCAGCAUUGAACUAGUGAGACUCUUUACAUGUUUGCCUUUGGCAUUAUUUACCUUGACUAAUGGUAUAAUUAGGGUUAAAUCACUUAUUUGUAUCUUAUAAAGCUAGUCUUUGAUUUGCAUGGGGAGGAAUUCUGCUCAUUUGUGUAGGCUUUACAUGUCUGGAUUAUACUGGCUAAGUGAUAGCAGUGGUUCCUAUGUGUCUGAUCCCUGAUUAUAACGUUGUUUGUGUGUAAGGGAAAGUUUCCAGCCAUUGUGUAGACAUGGAUGAUAGCACAUAUUUCAACUGAUCGGUUUGUUUGCAUUUUAGAUCCCUGGUGCUCCUGAUGAGGAUGCUGUGAGAAUAUUUCUGGAAUUUGAACGGGUGGAGUCCGCAAUUAAAGGUAAAUUGCAUAGAUUAUAUAAGGCCCCAUUUGCUUGACAAGUUUCUGCGGGAGGGUUGGAAUACUAGUGUGGUGAUUACACACUAUUAUUAAUUGUUACACUCAUUUGCUAAGGCUUGCAAAUUGAAUUGCAAAAGACAGAUGACUCUUUUUCAAAAAUUACUAAUCUAAUUACUAAUCUAAUUUGCAGAUGCCUGUCUUCUUAGUGGUGUGCCUACAGUAUAAUGUACACACAUGCCUAAUUAAACUGUAGUUUAAGAUCUAAAUCAUUUCAAUGCAGUAUAGGCGGUCAAACAAUAACUUUGGCACUUAUGCCCAUUUUUAUUUAUUGAUUGUUUCAAAACCAUGUAUAACACCUUCUGCCCAUUUCAUUCCAUUACCAUUGGUCAGUUUUACAUUGGGUUGAGUUUUUUUUUGUCCAUGUUUCUAAAUAUAAAGUAAGUUUCAAAUUUGAGAAGAAAUUAUCCAAACUGGGGAAAAUAGAUUUGUCGGUCUUCAAUUCAACUGUUUUGGCCUAAAAAUUUUAAUUCAGUUUGAAUGCUUGACAAUUCACAAGCUCAUGAAUAGCCCUGUAAUUGUGUAUGAAAUGAGAUUGAUCGUACAGUUAACACAUUACUGAAGUAACCCGUAGACGUUAAAUUAAUUGCUUGGAGAAUGUUUGUUUGUUUUCAACGUUCCUCUUCUUUUUUUCAAAUUUUCACCAAGAAGAAAAUGGGACAAAUAUGUUUUUAUACAGUGUAACCCCUUUGUUGCUAGGCUGUUUUAUAUUUCUAUGCUAAAACUACACAUAGGCUUUUGCAUUAACUGCAUUUUAACACCCAUAUGUUAGUGUUCUUCGAGUAACUCUCGUAUGUUAUAUGCAGAAAAUACAGAAUAUUAUUGAAUUUUUUUUUUAAAUUGCUCUCAUUUAAAAUGCAAAAAAAAUUUACUUUCGAUUUAAUUUCCUAUAAUGGGAACCACACCUUUGGCAAAUAUUGUUGAUUGUGUCACUUUUAUGCAUAACACAAGUAUUGCAAUUUUCAUUUAAUGUAGAGAAUCUGCAAUGUUUGCUAGGGAAUUGUGUAUUUAAAUCACACCUAAUUUGUAAAACACUUGCUUACUCACAAUUGAAAAAGUCUACUCAUAUUGUUGUCAGAUAGGUAUUACUUAGCUGCCCGUAGGUAAUCUAUUGUUGAACGGUAUUACAUUUUUGAUUUAUUGCAUCUGAUUAUUCACUUGCUUCUGUUUCAGCUGUGGUUGAUCUAAAUGGAAGAUAUUUUGGUGGCAGAAUAGUGAAGGCAUCUUUCUACAACCUGGACAAAUUCAGAACUUUGGAUCUUGGCGAGUAACAAGAGAUUGAGAUCAUUCUCUUGACAGAUUGCCAUGGGUUGUCUGUUUCAACCAAGUGGAAAGGACAUCUCUAACUAACCCAGAGUGUGUAAAGUGGAGUGUGCCCUGCUCUCCUUUGAUACACCCGGUUAUAUUUGUCACGUUUAUUGUGAUGAGCUUUUUUUCCCUUUGUUACUUUUCGUUUUAUACCAUAAAAGACUUUGUGAAAACACAACCUUGUCUUGCCCCCUUUUUGAAAGCUGUUUUCUUUUUUUUUUUUUCUUAACACGUGUUUACACCAAUUAUGCACUUGUUUCCCGAGCAUUUGCUGAAUGCUAUUUAUUAUUGGGCUACAUAUAUAUUUCUGACAGUAUCAAAUCUGCACAGAUGUAUUUUAAGUUGUUGUUUUUUAAUUGUGUCAAGUGUUUAUCACUUUUUAAUCUUUAUGUAAAAAAAAAAAAUAUCCAAAUUAUAAUUGGUUUUGUUUCCAAUGGGCAAGACUUUUACACAUCUGUUUACAAUUAUACAUGUUUAAAGGGCAGACCAUAAUAGAGUUCAAUAUCCUAAACAUCGCAUAAUCUGUUUAAUAUUUAUAAUUUUUUACUUUUUAAAACAUAAACGGUUAAUAAUGAUUUUCUGCACUUGGAAUAUUUUUUUUUCAACUUUUUUACCUCUUCCAUAACUUUUAUUCCAUUUCUAUUCCAAAAGUGGUUAAUGAGAUAACUGGAAAAAAAGUAUGUGGAAUUCAAAUGGUCACUUGUUGAUUUAAAUGUCAUGAUGUUAAAGAGGAAGUUUUUGUAGUCUUAAAGUGGCUCUGUCACCUCAAACUUACCUUUCUCCUAAUUUUUUCAUUUCUCUUCUGCUUUCAGAAUCUAUUCUUCCUUUCUGAGCUUUUUCUUUUUAAAACAUAAGACAACUUCAGGACUAUCUCACAAUAUAAAUACAAUAGACCGCACACAGGGAUGAGCCCCUAUAGUCCAUAGAAAAAAUUAAAUGGAAGAUAUGUAAAGUAUGAAAAAAGUGCAUAUUUAUUGGGAUAAAAAAAUGACAUAAACCAAUGGCAUUAGAUUGUCAUGGCAGCCCUCAUAGGUACUCAAGGGUUCAAGCAGGCAUAAUUUAUUAUACAGAUGACAUGUUGUCUCGAAUAAAUAGCAUAGAUAUCCAAGCAAAAGAAACAAGCUUUGCAAAAAUAGGACAGAUUAAUGAGAGGAAUAGAAAUUGUCACAAUUCUUGCUACUGCCAGACAAGGGAGAGAUCACCCACACCACUACCCGAAAAACAAGUGAUGCAAGUACCCUGGACACGUUUCGCACCUCCAUGAUGCUUUCUCAACAUGUAAUGGUGUGGGUGGUCUCUCCCUUGUUUGGCAGUAGCAGGUAUUGCGACAAUUUGUUUUUUCUCUCAUUCAUCUGUCCUAUUUUUGCAAAGCUUGUUUCUUUUGCUUGGAUAUAUGCGCUGUUUAUGGAGACAAUAUGUCAUCUGUAUAAUAUACUAUGCUUGCUUGAACCCAUCGAGUACCUAUGAGGGCUGCCAUGACAAUCUAAUGCCAUUAUUUUUUAUAUAUACCAAUAAAUGUGCACUUACUUUCUAUAUCCUCCAUUUAAUUUUUUUCUAUGGACUAGAGGGGCUCAACCCUGUGUGUGGACUAUUGUAUUUUUAUAUUAUGAGAUAUUUUCUAUGAUUGGGAAAAGUCCAGCACCAGGAUCUAAACCCCAUUAACCCAUAUAUGAUCUCAGGAUUCCUAUCUAUGUACUAAGAAUCUACCUGACACUAACGAUACUACAGGUCUUGCUGCAUCGUUUGUACUUGGGAUUUUAUAUCUCCUCUUUUUCACAUUUUCAUGUUUCAACUUAUUAACAUAGGGCUUACUUUGUCUUAUGUAUUUUUUCCUACACUUGACAAAUGGUGCAGCAUAAGGUAAGCUCUACUAUCUUGAUAGGGAGUAGAGUUUGCCUAAUGCCUUAAAAGGGACACUAUAGUCAUCAGAACAACUAAAGCUUAAUGUAGUUGUACUGGUGUCUAAAUCCUGUUCUUGCAGACUUUUUGCUGUAAAC